AUGGCGACAUUCGGAACAGUCACAGCGACGCAACCGCACAAUCCCAACAAGGACAUCGAGGUGGCGCAACCGCCCAAUGACGGCAUAUCCAGCAUGUGCUUCAACCCCAAGGCCAACUUCCUCGUUGCCACGUCAUGGGAUAACCAGGUGCGGUGUUGGGAGAUUCAGGGCAAUGGAGCCAGCGUGCCCAAGGCAGGAACAGCACACGAUCAACCAGUGCUCUGUUCAGCGUGGAAGGACGACGGCACGACAGUGUUCUCAGGCGGCUGUGACAAGCAGGCCAAGAUGUGGCCGCUCAUGUCUGGAGGGGCGGCGAGCACGGUGGGCGUGCACGAUGCGCCCAUCAGCAAGAUGGCGUGGAUCGGCGAGAUGAACCUGCUGGUGACUGCUAGCUGGGAUAAAACGAUCAAGUACUGGGACACACGCCAGGCCACCCCCGCACACACACAGGCGCUGCCCGAGCGGCCGUACGGGCUGAGCGUGCGACACCCCCUCAUGGUCGUGGCCACUGCAGACCGCCACAUCAUCGUGUACAACCUGGCAUCGCCGCAGACGGAGUACAAGCGGGUGAUCUCGCCUCUCAAGUAUCAGACGCGGUGUGUGGCGACCUUCCCUGACAAGAGCGGGUACCUGGUGGGGUCCAUUGAGGGGCGUGUGGCCGUGCAGCACGUGGAGGAGAACCAGCAGCAGAAGAACUUCACCUUCAAGUGCCAUCGUGAUGGCAACGACAUCUACGCGGUUAACUCGAUAGAUUUCCACCCGCAAUUCGGCACGUUCACAACGGCGGGGUCGGAUGGGGCGUACAACUUCUGGGACAAGGACAGCAAGCAGCGCCUCAAGGCCAUGCAGCGGUGCAGCCUGCCCAUCUCAUGCAGCGCCUUCAACCACGACGGCACCAUCUUUGCAUACGCUGUGAGCUAUGACUGGAGCAAAGGCGCGGAGAGCCACAACCCGGCAGUCAACAAGAACUAUAUUCUUCUGCACGCAACCCAGGAAAGCGAACUUGCUACUUUGCCGCCUCCCGUGACUUCUCAAUCCCCGUCUCGCUGCUCCUCCUACGGACACCUGCUGUUAGCUUGUUCCGGGCUCGUCGCGGCGCUCGCCAGGUGCGAUCUCAGACCUGACGUGUCGACCCAUCUCCGUAAAGGACCGGUGACUGCCACGUGGCACGCGACUGCAACAGAUGGCGUUGCGGCCCGGGCUUCCGCGCUUCCAGCUCUGCGUGCUCGACACGCGACCAGAGGAGCCUCGUUGAGAGUUCGCGCCUCGACGCCAGUGGAUUACGACUCUUCACAGGAUGCAACGGAGACGGAGGAGGAGGGGGGAGAGUCCGGAGCGCUGUCGAUCGAGCGCAUAUUGAAGCAGGCGGCGGACGCGUAUCAGUCGGAGGACGAGGCGGCGGUGGCGACGGUGGAGGCGCAGCUGCGCGCCAUGGAGGCCGACCGCCAGGGCCUCGCGGAGCGCCUCGAAUCGCUCACAGCCGAGAUCUCAACAGCCAAGGACAGGUUCCUCCGACUGAACGCGGACUUUGACAAUUUCAGGAAGCGGUCGGAGCGGGAGAAGCUGGCCAUGGCAGCGACGGUGCGCAGCGACGUGGUGGAGGCACUGCUGCCGAUGAUUGACUCGUUUGAACGCGCCAAGGAUGGUGUGAAGGCGGACACAGAGGCGGAGAGGAAGAUUGACGGCGCGUACCAGGGCAUCUAUAGGCAGUUUGUGGAGGUCUUGAGGGGCCUUGGUGUCGCUGCUGUGGAGACGGUUGGCAAGGAAUUUGACCCCAAUGUGCAUGACGCCAUCAUGAGGGAAGACUCCACAGAGCACCCCGAGGGGGUGGUCAUUCAGGAGUUCCGCAAGGGCUUUGUCAUCGGAGACAAGCUCAUUCGCCCCGCCAUGGUUAAGGUUUCCGCUGGCCCAGGACCCGCUGGUGCUGGUGAUGCGGCUGCUGAUGGUGCUGCUGCUGGUGAUGAUGGUGUGUCGGAGGGAUCGGACGCAGAGGCUGGGGAGAAGUCCGAGUAG